GGGGAGAGGGGAGGUGGCGGGAGUCGGAAGAGGGAGAGAAUUGAUGAGGCAGAGGAUUCCAUAGCGGGCGCACAGUUCAGCUGGGAGGAGGAGGACGGUGAUGACAACAGGCAGCCAAGAAGAGGUUGAGCACAAGCACAUCAGACGCUCUCUGACCAACAUGAAGAUGCUGGCGACGUUGUUGUCGCCCAGAGUGACACCUGCACCACCCAUGGAUAUGGAGACCACGCUCGGGGGGUUUCAGAAAGGAGUGCCGAAGGUGGGAACAGGGGUGGCUGGUCUUGGAGUCCCUUCUUCGCCGGCGACGGGUUCGAACCCACGACCUCUGGUCAGUGCUGCGAACUUACCUCCGGUCAAUGAUUCAGAGGCGCGCUCAGCGGACAGAGAGGCAGCUGAUGGGGGGGGAGCGGCCAUGUUCCCCAAUGUGCGGAGAUUGUUCUGGAGAUCUACGGCUUGGAUUGGAGGAAGAGGCAAAGCUGAUGGAAAGGGGGCAAAUGAUGUGUCCGCCACUGGCGAAAGUUUUGGCGGGAGAGCUAGCGAGAAGGCGGGAAGAAUUUCGGGAAAGGCGGUAUUUUUUUCACCGAAUGGUGCAGUGGGUGAUAACGGCAGGACGACAAAUACGAAUUCGAAUUCGAAUUCGAAUUCGAAUUCCAUCGCUCUGCCCAGUGCGAGGGUGCCCCUCCGCUCUCCGCUGAUUUCCCGCUCACCAUCAGUUAGCAGGUUGGAGGUGGCUUCUCCCCGCGCAAGAAUGGGGGUUGAAGCCAACAAGGACAAUGUGGGGCGGGGGGAGGUGGGCAGUGGCGGCAGUGGGUACCAGCCUACUACCUCCACCCCUCUCUCCCCUGGAGCUCUCAGGCGGGAGGCUAACGGUCUGGCUCGCGGUGCGGGUGUGGCGGGUGCGGGCGCGCGCGCCCGCGCCUGCGUGCAGUUAGAUCUCACAGCAUUGGCACGCAACUGUGAGGGCGGCUGCGCAGAGCCUUCCGAGCUCCAUAUGCGCCGUGAUAAGUUCGCCUUUUUUGAAAAGCAGUGCUCGCGCGUGAGGGAGCACAUCUACCUGGGGAGCGAUCUUGUAGCCCGGAACAGAGAGACCCUGCGAGCGGCGGGUAUCACCCACGUUCUCAACUGUGUGGGGUUCCUCUGCCCGGAGUACUUCGCGGGGCAGCUUGUCUACAGGACGCUGUGGCUGCAGGACACACCAGGAGAGGACAUCCUCUCAGUUCUCUACGAUGUGUUCGACUACUUUGAGCAAGUGAAAGAGGAAGGAGGGAGGGUGUUUGUCCACUGCUCCCAGGGGGUUUCCAGAUCGACGGCUCUUGUGAUCGCUUACUUAAUGUGGAAAGAGGGGAAGAGCUACGAUGACGCUUUCCGCGAUGUCAAGGCGGCUCGUGGGGUGACCAAUCCCAACAUGGGAUUUGCCUGCCAGCUCAUUCAGUGGCAAAGGCGUCUUCUUGCAGGAGCAGCAGCAGCAGCAGCAGGAGGAGGAGGAGGUGGAGGGGCGAGGUUGUACCGAAUUGCACCGCAUUCUCACAACGAUCCACUUCAUCUCGUUCACAAGCUUGUGUUGAAGCCUGGGGUGGAAUCGCUGGACACACGUGGCGCGUUUUUGCUGCUGGCUUCGUCGGGUCUGGUGGUGUGGAGAGGGAGAGAAUGUCCCGGUGUUAUUGCGCUGGCCGCAGAGAAGGUUGCGAGGCAGGUGAUCAAGUAUGAGAAGAUGGCCGGACCCAUCCGAUUUGUGAAGGAAGGGGAGGAGAAGGCGGAGUUUUGGGCUACCCUGCGGAGCGCGUCAUCGACCCCCUCUUCCUUGUCAGCCUCUCCGAGAGGAGGUGCUGCAGGAAACGGCAGCCAGCGUCUCACUGUUCCCGCCUACGACGCCGACUACGAUGCAAUUGCCAAAGCAGCUCUGGGUAAUCUUGGCAGCGAACGACUGGUCGCCGCCACGCGGGGCAGCGAACGACUGGUCGUCACCACGUGGGGCAACGAACGACUGGUUGCCGCCGGCGAUUCACCUCGUGAGGCAGAGGGGAGGGAGAGGGAUGGGAGUCGAGGGAGGGGCUCGUCUAGCAGCAAUCCUUCAGCAGUGAACAUGGCCCAGGAUCUGCUAGGUUUCUGCCAUGACGAUGGGUGCUCGGCGCCUUCACAAAGUAUUGGGAAGAAUAACGCAUGGUUGGAGAAUCGGGGAGAGAGAGGUGGUGGAAGGACAGCCGAUUCCGGCAGCUUGUCAGAGACAGAGGGAGCAGUGGUGGCUGUGGUGGGGACACCUAGAGGUGGAGCGAUGAAGGGAGGGCGGGAGAAUGGGUCGCCACCCUGCUGCAUGCCCUUGAGCCCCUCUGGGAGGGAAGGAGAGAUGGGCAGGGAAGGGGGCAAACAUGCAGAGACAAAGGAGCAAAACGCGAGGAGGGAGAACGGUGAGCAGGUGUUGUGGAGGGGGGGUCCCGAAGGAGGAGGGGGGGGAGGAGCACAGGAGGCCCCCACGAUCUCUCAGAGGAGGGGGUGUGACCAGUUCGACGCCGCUAUGGCUGACUCCGCGAAGACCGAGGGGGCUGGGAGUGCAGAGGUGUUACAAGUGGUUGGGACAGCGAGGGAGAGAGCUGACGAGAAGCCCGCCGACGGCGCUGCAGCCACUGGGGAAGCUGUCUCUGUACGCCACGUGUUGAUGGAAGAAUGGAUCGAGACGGCCAGACUAAACAGAGGGGUGCGAAGGGACGAGGGGCCAACAGCAAUGGUAAUAGAAGAAGAAAAGCGGCCACCUGGCUCGAGUGAUCAUGGUACCCUUCCACGGUUGUUCGAAUGGCCCUCCAGAGAGGAAGUUCGCGUCUUCGACUCCGACGACUUGCAGUCACAGAAGGCCUUUGUAUUAUGGAUUCCUAAGGCACGUGCAGAACAGGAGCAGCAGAGGGAGGAGAGGGAGGAGAGGGAGGAGAGAAGCGCAAUAGUGGUGUGGGUGGGACGUGAGUGCAGUAGGAGCAGUGGGGUCGAUGAUGGUCAAGAGACUGAGGAAGAAGAUGAGCAGGGAAGAGGAGGCCGAGCAUGGCAACGGCGAUGGUGGCGGGUCGGUGACCAGUUCCGGCUAUGGAGAAGUCUCGCCGAAGAGACACACAUUCAGGUUGUUGAAGAAGGAAAAGAGCCUGAUGAUUUCUGGGCUUAUUUCAUUCAUGGCUGACUCAUAAGGGAAUCUAUGAAUGGCCAGGAUGGAAGAACAAAGCUAGCUGCAGGAC